AUGAUUCUCGGACCCCCUGCUACGGUCGCGCAACUCCCCUUUACACCCCCUGACUCGGUGCCGAUCCACGAUUUCCUCCUCGGUCAAGUCAGCGAGCAGUACGGGAGACAUCCCCUAGACGAUUCCCUUCCACCAUUCAUAUGUGGCAUUACAGGCACGUCCUACUCGGUGGCACAGGUGGAGCAGCGUGUCGAGGCCCUGGCUCGCACCCUUGCCGCCGAUUUGCAAUGGGGUGGCAGCUUAGACAAUGUGGAUGAGAUGGACAGGGUUACUGCCUUCUUUGCCCUCAACAGCAUCGAUACCCUCACAGCGUCCUGGGCCGUCCAUCGACUCUCUGGAGUCGCGUGUCCCAUCAGUCCCACAUACAGUACCCAGCAGGUCGCUGACCAGCUCAGAAACACCAAGGCCAAGUUUCUCUUCACCAGUGCUCCGCUCAUCGAGUCGGCACUCGCGGCGGCCUCGUUGGUCGGGCUGCCCUUGUCGCACGUCUACGUACUCCGGGUGCCUGCAAAGGCCACCAAGGGCGUUGAGAUCCCACCCGAACUGAAAACCGUCGACAAGGCCAUAGAGGAGGGCGCAGAGCUGCCGCCUCUCCCCAGAAACAGCUUUACACCGGGCCAUGGGGCUCGCCAAAAGCUGGUUAAAUUGACGCACCGAAAUGUCAUUGCCAACAUCCUCCAGUUUGUGACGUUUGAGAGGGGUAGCGCCACGCAGAGUCAGGCCGAAGUCUCUUUGGGCGUUCUUCCUCUCAGCCAUGCCUUCGCGCUCAUCGCAACGGCGCAGAUGGGCGUGUAUGCCGGGCACAGCACCGUCAUUCUCCCCUCCAUCGAUAUGGGGGAUAUUCUGCAGGCCACGCAGGACUUCCAGAUUAGCAGACUCUGGCUGAUCCCGCCCUUGAUUGCGGCCAUGAACCACGCUCCCGCGUUCGUCCAAAAAUUUGAUCUGAGAAGCGUCAGAAGCGUUCUGGUGGGAUCAGCAUCCCUGAGCAAAGACGCCCUGUCCAGGUUCCAGACGCUGCUCCCUGGCUGUGCCAUGAUUCAGGGGUACGGAAUGACGGAGACUACGUGCAUCGUGGCGGCGACCAGCCGGGACGAUGUCAUGUUCGGCUCCUGCGGCUAUCUGAUGCCCGGAACGCAGGGACGUCUGGUGACGACCGAUGGGCGGGAGGUCGACGACCCCAACGAGCCAGGCGAAUUGUUGUUGCGCGGCCCCAACAUCUCGCCAGCAUACUUCACCAGCAGCGCCACAAGCACCGAAAUGCUAAGGGACGAUGGAUGGCUCGCAACCGGCGAUCUGGUGGCGGUGAAGGAAAGCCCACGAGGCCACAAGCACCUCUUUAUUGUGGAUCGCCUAAAGGAACUGAUCAAGGUCCAUGGAAUGCAGGUAGCGCCCGCCGAGCUGGAGGCCUUCCUCCUGCAGCAGGUCUCCGUGGCCGAAGUAUCAGUUGUGCCCGUACCUGACGAGUUUGCCGGCGAGCUGCCACGUGCGUACGUUGUUAAAUCGUCCGACGGCAAGGCCUUGUCUGACGAGGAGGUGCGCCGCAUUCUCCAUGAGAAGAUGGACGAGGUCUUUCACAGCCACAAGCGCCUAGCUGGUGGCAUUGAGUUUGUUGAUGCUCUUCCCAAGACGUUCAGCGGUAAGAUUCUACGGUCCGUGCUCAAAGAUAAGGCCAAGGAGAGCAUCGCAACCCAGGACGUGCGCAUGGAAUCAAAGGUUCCCGCUGCACACAAUGUGGAGGUAUACACAAUCGACUCGGGGGAGGAAGAUUGA